AUGCCAUACGACAUCAGUGAUCUCUUUAAUGUGCGCGGACUAGUCGCCGUCAUCACAGGUGGGAGCUCAGGCCUGGGCAAAACAAUGGCCAUCGCCCUCGCCACGAACGGCGCCAGCAGAGUCUACAUCUUGGGCCGCCGAAAAGAAACCCUGGAAGACACCGCCGACAUGCACCCCGGCAUCAUCAUCCCUAUCGUCGCCGAUGUAGGCUCAAAAGCCUCCCUCGCCGUAGCGGCCGACCAGAUCCUAGCUGAAACCGGAUACAUCAACCUCCUUGUCGCAAACGCAGGCAUGCUCUACUUGACCGCACCAGAGACCAUCUGCGACGGCCCGGGGAGUGUGAAGGUGGGACGAUCACUAAAGGAGAACCCCACACCAGACGACCUGGAGUCGUUCCUCAUGGAGACGCCAGCCGAGGAGUUUUUCGACACGUUUCGGGUGAACACAACGGGAGUAUUUUAUACGAUCGCGGCAUUUGUGUCGUUGUUGGAUAAGGGAAAUCGUCGGGGAAAUGUUUCCCAGAAGAGCCAGGUAAUUGCAGUGAGCAGUGUGGCGGCGCACAACCGGAGGGUGACGGGGGGUUGUGCCUACGGGAUGAGCAAAGCAGCAGUAGUGCAUCUGAUGAAGCAGAUGAUGACAUUUUUGAUUCCUCAGGGGAUUCGAGCGAAUACAAUUUCGCCGGGGCUCUUCCCGAGUAACUUGGUCGGGGGUCCGCCGAAGGAGGAGAUCACGGUGGAGGGAGCGUUCGAUAGAGAGUUUAUUCCGCUGCGGAGAGCGGGGAGAUGCGAUGAGAUUGCCGGAGCUAUUUUGUAUCUGGCAAGUAAGGCUGGGGGAUACGUCAAUGGGGAUCUACAUUUGAUUGAUGGGGGGAUGGCAGGGCUCCCCAAUUGAUGUUCUAAUUGGCGUUGUG